AUGCAGCUCCUGGUUUCUUCGAUUGAUGGACGCCUCCUCUCCUUCUCUUUCCCUACCACACAUGUCACCUUGGCCUCGGUCAAGCAGGCCUUCGAGGACAGGGAAGGCGUGCCCGUGAGCGAGCUGCGCGUAUCGUGCAAUGGAAGAUACCUGCCCGAUGAAUUCGGCUUCACCGAGGAGCAGGCUCUCGGCCUGCCCCCUCUCCGUGUGGGCCUUCGCGUGGUGGGUGGUAAGGGAGGUUUUGGUUCGCUCCUCAGGGGCGGCAACACCAAAGUUGGCCAGAAGAAGACGACCAACUUCGAUGCGUGCCGCGAUCUGAACGGACGCCGAUUGCGCCACGUCAACAACGAGAAGCGAUUGGCUGAGUGGUAUGCGCAAGAGAAGGAGCGCGAGCUGGCCCGGAUCGGCGAGCGACACUCGCGGGUGGCGCAGAAGCAGGCUGUAACGCCGUUCGACGAGGUGGCCUACAACCAAACGCUCGAGAGCAUCGAAGAGGAGGUGGCCUCAUCUCUGCAGGUCGGCCUUCAGGAGGCCCGCGCUGCUCGUGAGCAUCGGCAAGCAAAUCCGCCUCCGCCCCCUUCAGCCCCCUCCUGGGACUUCGCCUAUUCAGACUCGGAAGACGAGGAGGAAGAGGGCGACAGUGAAGAGGAGGAGAAGGAAGAGAAGGGCAAGGAGAAGGAGGAGGCAGAGGCGAAGUCAGGCGUCAAGCGGGAGCGGCCCGAAGAGGAAGAGGAAGCCGAGAACAAGGACGGCGAAGCACGGCAUACACCCAAGAAAGCGAAGAAAGACGAUUCCGAGUCCACCACAACAACGGCGUGCGGCAAGGCAUCCGCCCUUCCCCCUCCCCCUGCCUGGAUUCUGGGAUGA